AUCUUCUUCAUUUCUUUCUCUGUUGGUGGUGAUCAAUCUAGUUUAAAAGAAUCGAUUUUGCGAAGUGGGUUCUCUUGAUAAAUCUUUCUUCUUCUUUGAAAUGGGUUCUUCUGUGGAGCAGAACAUUCUUGUUACUGGUGGUGCUGGAUUUAUCGGCACGCAUACUGUUGUUCAACUUCUGAAAGAUGGUUUUAAGGUUUCGAUCAUCGAUAAUCUUGAUAACUCUGUUAUCGAAGCUGUCGAUAGAGUUAGGGAGCUUGUUGGUCCUGAUCUCUCCAAGAAGCUCGACUUCAAUCUGGGUGAUCUAAGAAACAAAGGGGACAUUGAGAAACUCUUCUCCAAGCAGAGAUUUGAUGCUGUGAUUCAUUUUGCGGGUCUUAAAGCUGUGGGUGAGAGUGUUGGAAACCCUCGCCGCUACUUUGACAAUAACUUGGUUGGAACAAUCAAUCUGUAUGAGACCAUGGCAAAGUACAACUGCAAAACGAUGGUGUUUUCAUCAUCUGCAACUGUUUAUGGACAACCUGAAACGAUUCCAUGCAUGGAAGACUUUGAAUUAAAGGCUAUGAAUCCUUAUGGUCGUACUAAGCUCUUUCUUGAAGAAAUAGCUAGAGAUAUUCAAAGGGCAGAACCGGAAUGGAGAAUUGUUCUGCUGAGGUACUUCAAUCCUGUAGGAGCACAUGAGAGUGGCAGUAUUGGUGAGGAUCCAAAAGGCAUCCCCAAUAAUCUCAUGCCUUACAUCCAACAAGUGGCCGUUGGACGUUUACCGGAACUCAAUGUCUAUGGACAUGACUAUCCCACCAAGGAUGGUAGUGCGGUAAGAGACUACAUCCAUGUGAUGGAUUUAGCGGAUGGCCAUAUCGCUGCGCUCAGGAAGCUAUUUGCUGAUCCAAAGAUUGGUUGUACUGCUUACAAUCUAGGCACUGGUCAAGGAACGUCUGUGUUAGAAAUGGUUGCAGCUUUUGAAAAAGCUUCCGGCAAGAAAAUCCCGAUCAAGCUUUGUCCGAGAAGGUCAGGAGAUGCAACAGCAGUUUAUGCUUCAACAGAGAAGGCUGAGAAAGAACUUGGCUGGAAGGCAAAAUAUGGAGUGGAUGAGAUGUGCAAAGAUCAGUGGAAUUGGGCAAACAACAAUCCAUGGGGUUACCAGAAGAAGCUUUGAAUUUACUUCCCUUUUUUUGGAGUUGCCAUUUCUGAUUACUCAAAUCUAAAAGAAAGAAUUAUACAUAUGAUGAUAUAGUUGUGCUUUAUAUUCCACAUGUAUCGAACUGGUCUCUUACUUUGAUGAAUAAAAUGGAAAGUUGAUU